AAUAAAAGUAAAAAAUAUGGGCUUCUAAUUUAAAAUGUAAGUAUUUAUGUAUAAUAAAUAGAUCGGAUAAUGUACAUGCGAUUAUAGGUUUGAUAAGUUCAAAUGUAAUAGAGAUAGUGCUAUUAGCUUAUUAUGCAAACAUAUAAGUGAAUUAAAUGUAUAAAACACAAGUAAAGUUAGUAUGGAAUCUGACAUUUAAGAUGAUUUUAAAGCAUAUAAAGGACUAUCUGUAACAGGGAGUGUAUUUAUGAUGAUUACUUGGAUUUUAUAGAUUUUACUAAUCUACAAAUAUAAUGAAAAAAUCUUAUAUGUGAUUUUUGGGAUAAAUACAUUUUCUAUAUUCAUUUUAUUAAUAGGGAUGGGUAUAGGUUAAUAAGGGGUAAGAUAUAAUAAUAAUAAAUUAAAGAUAAAUAAGGUUAACGAUUCUUAUGGAUAGUUUUUUUAUAUUGAUUAUAAUUAUCCUGUGGCACUUUGGUUCAUACAAUUAUGUCUUUAUUUGAUGAGUUUAAUAAAUUUGCAUAAUUUUAAAUAAAAAAAAGUUAGUGAUAGUGGGUAAGAUACAAAGAAGAAGCAAGAUAAUGAUGAUUCAUAAAAAUAAGUAUAGUAGACACAAACUUAAGCAAAUUAAAGUCAGGUUGUUAUGAUGGGGAAUAAUGAAUCUUAAUUCACAUAAUAGCAAUAAAUUGUAUGA